AUGAACGGAAUAGUUGAUUGUCCAUUGAAGGAUGAUGAAAAUCUAAAUAUGGAAUUGUUUCCUAAUUUAAAAUGGAAAUCUUAUCAUUGUUAUUUUACUAAUAAAGCGAUAUCUCGAUAUGCAUUAUACAAUAAAUAUUGUGAUUGUGGAAGACUUGAUGAUGGAUUUUGUGAAGAUGAAAAUGAAAUAUAUAAUUUUACUCGAAGGACAAUACGUUUUCAAACAAUUUGUGAUGGUUUUCCAGAUUUAUAUCCAAUUCUAAUUGAUCAAAUGAAAGAAACAGAUGAAACAAAUUGUCAAGAAUGGAAAUGUAAUAAUAUUUAUACAAAUUGUAAUGGAAUACAUAAUUGUUUUUCACGAGAAGAUGAAACAGAUUGCGAUUCGUCUUCAUUGAAUUGUUCAUCUGAUUCUCGAUUAUGUGUUACAAAAGAUACAUUACAAUUUAUAUGUUUACCGAUAAAGAAAAUGAAUGAUGGCAUUGUUGACUGUCUUGGUGGAACUGAUGAAGAAAAUUUAUGUCCAAUGAUAGGUACUUAUUUCAUAAGUAAAGGGUUUUACUGUAUAGAUAAAAGCUAUUCAACAUUAUGUGUGAGACAGCCAGCUUUAUGCGAUGGCAUUGAAUCUUGUGUAGAUGGAGAUGAUGAAAGAUUCUGUCAAAUGAACCAAUCACAAUCAAAAUAUCCAAUAUGUUUAAAUCAAUCAUUAUUAUUUCUUAAUAAAGUUGCACAUUUUUUUUGUGAUUAUACAGAACAAUAUUUUAGAAGCCCAUAUACAUAUUUCAAAUUAAAUGGUUAUAAUGAAUUAUUUCAUAAGAAUGUUAAUGAAAAUCCAUCAAUCAAUGUCAUCUAUUCAAAUAAUAAAGAUCAACCACUUCCACUUUUAGAUAAAACUCGUUGUCAUCGUGGUCUCGAUUUACGUGUUUGGUUAAAUAAAUCCUCAAAUAAUUCUACACAUACUUGUCUUUGUCCACAAACAUAUUAUGGCUCACAAUGUCAAUAUCAAAAUCAACGUAUAAGUUUAGCAAUUCGAUUUCAUACUCCUGUUCAAUUACGAGAAAUACGAUUUUUAGUCUUAGUUUUACUUAUUGAUAAUACAAAUCAACGAACAAUUCAUUCCUAUGAACAAUUUACUUAUUUAUCUAAACGAGAUUGUAAAGUGAAAUUUAAUCUUUAUUUACUUUAUUCAACUCGACCAAAAGAUCUCAAUCGAAAUUAUUCAAUUCAUAUUGAGAUUUAUGAUAAGCCAUUUCUGAAAUAUCGAACAAGUUUUAUUUAUCCAAUUGAAUUUUCUUUUUUACCCGUUUAUCGUUUAGCAUUACUUAUUAAAAUUCCAUCGGAAAAUGAACAAAUUUGUUCGAAAAGAAAAUGUUUACAUGGUCAAUGUCGAUAUUAUUUCAAUAAGAAACAAACAUUUUGUCAAUGUGAACAAGGAUGGUCAGGAGAAUUUUGUUCAAUGCCCUAUAAUUCUACAUGUUCAUCAUUAAAUUCGUUAUCAAUUGGUUUAUUAAAUCAUCAUCGAUCAAUUUGUAUUUGUAAAGAGAACUACUUUGGUUCUCAAUGUUAUCUCCGAAAUCGAAUUUGUGAUAAUUUUCCAUGUGAGAAUAAUGGUUUAUGUGUUCCAUAUGAUGAUUUUCUAUUAUUAACAAAUGAAGAAUAUUUUUGUAUUUGUCCAAAGGGUUUCAGUGGAAAACGAUGUGAAUUAAUUGAUGUACAAAUCGAUUUAAUAUUUGAUACAAAGAUUGAUUUAUCUCAUUCAAUUUUUAUUCAUUUUAUAACAAUUACUCCGCUUAGUUCAUCUGCAACUAGUAUUAAUAAAGUUUCACCUGAAAGAUCAACAACAUUACAAACUAUAUCUCAAGCCACGAACUCUAUUCGAAUUUAUUGGUCACAACCAUUUCAUUUGACAUUUAUUGAAACCUUAGAUAGAAAAUAUUAUUUAGCUGUCAUUCAACCAAUUUAUAAUCAUUCAGUGAUAAUUAAUCAAAGAAUUGAUUCAACACAUCGUUGUUCAUCAAUAAAUGAUUUAGUUAAUGAAACUUUCUCACAACUUCAUCGUCUUAUUCGAAUAAAAUCUUAUCAUCAGAUUUGUCAAAAAUAUUCUCCUAAUCUUCAAUGUUUUUAUGAUGAUGUUCAUCUAUGUUUAUGUUAUGAUUUUCAAGGAAAACGUUUAGCAAAUUGUUUUCAUUUUGAUCAUCAAAUGAAAUUUGAUUGUUUUGGACAAAAUCAUUGCGAAAAUCAAGGACAAUGUUUUCAAGAUUCACCAUCAUGUCCAAAACGAUCCAUAUGUGUUUGUCCUUCAUGUUAUUAUGGAACUCGUUGUCAAUUUACAACAAGCGAAUUCGGUCUAUCACUUGACGCUAUUUUAGCUUAUCAUAUUAUUCCAGAUGUUGGUAUAUUGAAUCAAACAUUUCUUGUUAAAAUAAGCUUUUUCUUUACUAUUUUAUUUCUAAUUAUUGGAUUUAUAAAUGGAGUACUUUCAUUAAUAACAUUUAAAAAUAAAAAUAUAUGUGAAGUUGGAUGUGGAGUAUAUCUAUUUGGUUCAUCAAUAACAACGAUAUUAACAACAAUUUUCUUUGGGUUAAAAUAUUUUAUUUAUCUUUAUACACAAAUACCAACAUUAUCAAAUGAAAAUUUCUUGAAAAUUCAAUGUUAUUCAUUAGAUUUUCUGUUACGAAUUUGUCUUUCAAUCAAUCAAUGGUUAAAUGCAUGUGUAGCGCUAGAAAGAACAAUCACCAUUAUUCAAGGUAUUCGAUUUAUGAAAAAGAAAAGUAAAAAAGUAUCGAAAAUAAUUAUUAUUAUUCUUUUAAUUUUAAUUAUAUUAACAUCAAUUCAUGAACCAAUUUCUCGACAUUUACUUUUUGAAGAAAAUGAUGAAAAUGAUCGAAUAAGAAUUUGGUGUGUUGUGAAAUAUUCUUCAACUAUACAACUUUAUAAUCAAAUUCUUCAAACAUUUCAUUUUUUUCUUCCAUUUUUAAUCAAUUUAAUUUCCUCAAUUGUUUUAAUAAUAACAAAAUCAUAUCAACAACUGCAUCUUCAUCAAACACGACGUUAUAAAGAUAUUGUACAUGAACAAAUUCAAGAACAUCAACAUCUAUUAAUUGCACCAAUUGUUUUAUUUCUUCUUGCAUUACCACGUUUAAUUAUUUCUUAUUUAACAAAAUGUAUGAAUUCAACAAAUGAUUCAUGGUUAUUUCUCGUUGGAUAUUUUAUUUCAUUUAUUCCAUCGAUAAUUACGUUUUUUAUUUUUGUUUUACCGUCAACAUUUUACAAGAAUGAAUAUCGAAAAUCAGUUUUACGUUAUCAAAAACGAGUUCAACAAUGCUUUCUUAGUACAUUAAAAUAA